UGCAGCCAGUUGGAAGUUCUGCGUUCGAAGUGAGGCAGAUGAACUAUGAAGCGUUGACCUCCACCCGGAAAAUCACUAGUUCGCCUAAAUAAUUGUGAUCAUCACCAAAGUAACUUUAGGUGCGUUUCAAGUGGACCCGUCCUUUCCCUAGCCCUUUUCUGUUGCAUUGUUCGGAGCGGGGCCGGUUUAGAUGAAAGAAAGCAGCGGAGACUGAGUCUGUGGGCACGGUUAUGGCGUGUGACAUCUCCGCACAGACUUUCCUGACGUGUGCUCAGGAAGCAGUCGUGAGGUCGUCCACCCAGCUUCAAGAAAGCGAUGGCAGUGGUGGCGGUGGCGUAUUGCCAAGUUUGAGCGUCGGCGAUGCGACGCGUGCCUUCCACGAGAUGGGCCUGAACAUUACCUUCGCCCAGGUGCUGGAAAUGAUGGCGUUCGCAAUGACCUGCGAUGGUCGUUAUCUUUCCGGGGACCCUGUGCCAGCCGAGCCUUGCUUUCUCUUCGGCGAGUUCUGCUGGUACGCCGCACAGUUCUUGCACUGCUUUCAGAAUCUGCAGUCCUCGCAGUCGGCUGGCGGUCUUUCGCCAACCAGCUCGCAGCAGCGCAACCUGCGUGCAACGCGCAAGGUGCAGCCAAGACUCGAGCAUUACGGUCAGAAGAAAGCGAAACAUCAGGUGUUCCUGGGUGGUGCGUGCAAUCCAACUGUUUGGCGAGAGAAGACGGCAAUUCCGUACCUGAAAGGUAACGGGAUCACCUACUACAAUCCGCAGAGGACCGAGUGGCAUCCGGACCUGAUAGCGGAGGAACGCACAGCCAAGAACGGCGCGGCAGUGAACCUGCUCGUGGUCGACGAAGACACGAGGGGAACGGCGUCCAUUGUAGAGGCGGCGUACAUGUGCGCAGGCAAGGAGGGCGUGGUGCCUGUGAUCCGUAUGACAUACAAACAGUCACGGGAGAUGUGCAACGACUCCAUUGUGCUGAGCGACAAGGAGGUCGAGGAGCUGAACUACGCGCGAGCACUGCUCAUCGACUACGCGGAGGCCAAUGGAGUCCUGGUGUUCAACAACAUCAGUCAGGCGCUUCAGUGCGUGCGCGAUAUUCUGGUGAGCGCGGACGGCAUUGCGACGGAGAACGCUGCCUCUCUGGAGGAAAGUAGCAUUCGCCUGGGAUGGGAGAUAGGCGCGGCGCACGAGGCGUUUGUCAGCGCCAUGAAGGCGUGCGAGUCGGACGUCACCUGGACCGAGCAUGACAACUCGCCCAAGUGCCGAGCCAAGCUGUCCGGCGAGCACGCACGCGAGGCCAUCGUCAAGCUACUCGCGCUCGGCCAGAGCUCACUGACAGGUCACGGCAGCUGUAGAGACGUGUCGGUGCCCAUAGCUAGCGUUGACUAUAAUCAGUUCCUCAUGUACGCCACCCUCGCCUUCCUGCGCACCAAGGAGCGGAACGCGGCGGAGCAGGCGUACCGGGAGCAGGCCAGGCAAUACGGCCCGGUUGCCGCUCUCAAGGCCGUCCUCUCGUUCGCCGGGCGCACGGCGAUGCACGCGUACAGCAUGCUGGGUGCCCUUCGACGCCGGCCCAACAUCGAGGACCUGGCCAGGUGUCCGCCGCGCCGCCUCGUGCACCUGGGUGGCAGCUGCGGACGCACAACUUGGCGGGACGAGAUUGCAAUACCCUACCUGGAGGAGAUGGACAUUGAGUAUGACAAUCCGCAGACGGGCACGUGGACCUGGCGUUUUAAUCGCAUUCCGGAGGAAGUGCAGAGACUGCGUAGCUGCUCAGUGCUGUUGUUCGUCAUCACGUCAGAGACACGCAGCGCUGCAUCAAUGGUGGACGCGGCUACACACAUAGGCUUGCAGCUACCACACCAGAGCAUCAUCAUGUUUAUCGAGGAUAUUCCUUGCGAUGGCGUUGUGGACGGCGAGACGCUGACGGCAACGGCCGUCAAAGAUUACAACCGCGGCCGGGCGUAUCUACGCGACGUCUGCAAGGAGAAAAACGUCCCGCAGUACAAGAGCAUCAUGACGGCCGUCAAGUCCUGCGUUCAGCUAAUCAAGACCGGCUACUACAUACGCGCGUAGCAGCGUGGCAUAACGAUGUGGCAGCUGUACGGGCGGCGAGAGUGCCCGCGACAUGGCAGCGUGGAGUGCAAAGCCACGGUGGUGCGUGUCUGACCGGCCUCCAGGUGAUGCGCAGUGUGGCAUUGAGUGCAGUAUGGCAUGUGAUCAGGUUAGUGUGUCCAGACGAACACCAUGUUGCUCUGCAGGUUUUGGGACAUUUCUUCUUAGUAGUUUUACCUUCUCCGGAAAGCAAAAAAAACAUCGUAACCUUUUUAUUCACAUUCUGCAUGCGACGGCUUCCCGCGCUCGCUUCAAUAGCUCUUUGAACCUUGCGUCCGUUUCAGGUUGCGAAUGAUCUUUUGUGCUCGUACUGCAUAGUCGAAGGAGUGCCUGGUGCUAGCUCUGUGACUUGCGUUAAUAUCACCACUUCACUGUUCUCACUAGUAUUCAAAGAAAUUGUACUCCGGCCUUAAAUGUUCUUCUUGUGUCAUCACCUACAAGUACAGAUAGGAGUGUUGUGCUAACGUUACUUCUUCCUUUCCUUCUUCUUUUCUUCUUUUUACGUAUAAAACAAUAGUCCCAAGAUUUCUGCACUAGAACAUUGCACUGAACCUUAACUUCAAUUGUCCUUUGCUUACUGUUGGCCCUAUGAGUGAACGAGAAAGGAAAAUUCAAUGACGUGAACCCUAACAUGUCUUGGUCUGCAUCUCCUUCGGCUUACAUGUCUUGGUCUGCAUCUCCUUCGGCUUGUUGUACAAAUCACAUUCCCUACUUGAAGCCAGAAAUUCAAAACAUC